AUGGCGAGGCUCUUAGCUUGUCUGGUUCAUGCUUUUACCUUUUUCGUUCUAAUCAAUGUGGUGCUAGCUGAGUACGAACCAUAUACACCCAACUACAAAGAAACUCCCUACAAGAAACCAGUCGUGGAGGUUAUUGCCGACUUAAAUCUUCCAAAAGUUUACCCAUCACCACCACUACCUGCUUACGUGGCUCCUAUUGUUUAUCCAUCUCCAUCACCAUCUCCUCCGGCUUACGUUGCUCCCGUAAUUUACUCAUCUCCAUCACCACCACCACCAGCCUACGUCGCUCCCGUAGUUUACCCAUCGUCGUCACCGCCACCACCAGCUUACGUCGCUCCCAUAGUGUACCCAUCACCACCACCACCUGCUUACAUCGCUCCCGUAGUGUACCCAUCUCCAUCACCACCACCUCCAUCUUAUGUCGCUCCUGUAGUGUACCCAUCGCAGUCACCACCACCACCUGCUUACGUCGCUCCCUACGAAGCACCAAAGUACACUCCCAAAUACGUCUACGUAUCCCCGCCACCACCAGCUUACGUCGCACCCAAGUACGAAGAACCAAAGUACACUCCUAAGUACGUCUACGCAUCUCCACCACCACCAGCCUACAUCGUCCCCAAGUACGAAGCACCCAAGUACACUCCUAAGUACGUGUAUGCGUCUCCACCACUACCAUCCUACGUCUCCCCCAAGUACGAAGCACCAAAGUACACUCCUAAGUACGUUUACGCGUCUCCACCACCACCAGCCUACGUCGCCCCCAAAUACGAAGCGCCAAAGUACACUCCUAAGUACGUGUACGCGUCUCCACCACCACCAGCCUACGUCUCCCCCAAGUACGAAGAACCAAAGUACACUCCUAAGUACGUGUACGCGUCUCCACCACCACCCGCCUACGUCGCCCCCAAGUACGAUGCACCAAAGUACACUCCCAAAUACGUCUACGCGUCCCCACCACCACCAGCUUACGUCGUCCCCGAGUAUGAAGCACCCAAGUACACUCCCAAGUACGUCUACGCAUCCCAUCACCAUCAGCUUACGUCGCCCCCAACUUACGUCGCCCCCAAGUACGAAGCACCAAAGUACACUCCCAAAUACGUCUACGCAUCCCCACCACCACCAGUCUACGUCGCCCCCAAGUACGAAGCACCAAAGUACACUCCCAAGUACGUCUACGCAUCCCCACCACCACCAGCUUACGUCGCCCCCAAGUACGAAGCACGAAAGUACACUCCCAAGUACGUCUACGCAUCCCCACCACCACCAGCUUACGUCUCCCCUAAGUACGAAGCACUAAAAUAUACUCCCAAAUACGUGUACGCAUCUCCACCACCACCUGCUUACGUCACUCCCAAAUACGUCUAUGCAUCUCCACCACCCCCAGCUUACGUCGCACCCAAGUACGAAACACCAAAGUAUACUCCUAAAUCGCCAGCUUACGUCGCUCCUUAUUACUAA